GCAGCGCUGAGCUGAGCUGAGACACAGAGCGGACUAAAACUCCCAGGAAGGCGACUGACCCAUCAGCCGGAGGACUGUCUUUGACUUCCUUUUUACUUAUCCCGAUCCAUAACUUGCAUUUGGCACCUUGGAGCGUUUCGCGCCGCAACACAACCUCGCCGGGAAACAGACGGGACCGAUGGAGCAGAGCGGCAGCCAAGCGGACGCGGAGUCUCUCCAGAAAAGCGUCGGGCGGCGCCGGAGCCUCGUGGAUUUCCUCCUCGGCAUGUCCGUGGUGAUUCUGUUCGUGGCGGUGACGGCUCUGGCCGUGGGCGGGAUGCUGGUGGUGAAGGAGCUGCGCUCCGAGCUGCGUGACCCCGCGCCUGGAAGCGCCCGCCUGGUGGACAGCGGGUCCACCUCUCCUUCUGCGUACAAGGUGCACAAUUUUGCUUACUUGAAAGCCACGGAAAGUAAAUUGGACAACACUACCAUGUCUUGGGGCGUUGUCGAUUCCGUUGAAGGGAAGUCGGUUGGGAGCAACUUCGAGUACGACCCAUUGAAGCGAUCUUUGACGCCAUCGAAGAGGGGGGUCUACUUCAUGUACAUCCAGGUCACUGUCAACUGCACACACAAAUGCCACGCGGGCGUCCUCAAGCUGGAGGUGGGCAACAAGCUGACCUGCCACGUGGAGCUCACAGACGACGUGGAGAAAUUGCCCGUGAGCAAAAAGUGCUGGACGGUGACCGAGCUGAAGAACGAAGACCUGAUCGCUCAGAUGACUGUACCGAAGAAUGUACCUCACAACUGGAUUUUGGACACAGAGACAUCGGGCCUCGGGCUGUUUCUCGUAGAGUGACGAUGCGUGGAAGACAACGGGACCCUGACCCUGUGGGGGGGUCGUGACACAAACACCAGCGAGUUCUUUGUCUAAGCUCAGGAAGGUGGAAACGUGCCGGUACCGGUACCGGUACCACUCAAGAGUUGAGUGGGACCAAAAAGUCUCUGCAAGGACUGAAGUCUCAGGAGAAACAUCACUCACCUGUCCCCGAAAAAAAAAAACAACUCAGUUUUCUGCAUCGUCUUGCAGUUUAUUUAUUUUAAGUUUUAUUUAUGUAUCUAUAUUUAUAACGUUAUGGGAAUGUAUUUCUGCUGUAGAUGCCACUACAUUUAUGUUGACGUGCAAUGCAUUGUUACCGCACUGACUUGGUUCAGUCUUGAACUCGGGGAGCUGGAUGUUGCUUCACAGAAGAAGAAAAAAAGCAAAAACGGCAACACAUCGCCAAGAAGACAAAGUUCUGCAAUCGCGACCGGCGGUCGCGGACGAGACGCUUUCCAUGUGGAAACUCACGAGCCGGGAAAACGUUCCGCUUGUGAGACACAAUGUAAGUCCUAUGGACGAAACUAUUCAAACGUGAAUGUAUUUGGUUGAAAUCCAUGUCAAACAUGGAUAUAAUGUUGUUAACUUUAUUGCAAACAUGAAUGAAUAAAUAAAAAUCCAAA